AUGAAAACCGUGGAUAUUGCCAAAUUUUCCCAGCGCUGGAUUGUAGACUUGUUUGAUGACUAUGUCGCUACUGAAGAUGAUGGCACUGAGUGGAAGAUCAAGAAGAAGCUCUCCGAGGGUUCAAUCUUCUAUCCAGCAGAGUAUAACGAGUGCGGAAAGACAAUAGCAGAGGGACAAGCAACCUACAUCUGCGAACAGAUUAAAGGAGAGUCAACUAGAAAGGAGGCCAUUUGCAAGAUUCGACUACAGGGAGUACGAGGACCCGAUUUGAACAAGUUGAACAUUUCACUAAUACCCGGUAACUAG